UUCGAUGUCACAGGAAGAGUGUAUGCUGUUACCGGCGGGGGUAGAGGCCUCGGACUGACUAUCGCCUCUUACCUUGCGAAACUAGGCGCGCACGUAUACUGUCUUGAUGUACUCCACAUCCCUGCGGCUGAGUUCUUCGAGACGAAGGAGCUGGUCGAUAAUUCUGCCGGCUGCGGUAGCCUGAAUUACCAUCAUCUGGAUGUCCGCGAUGCUCAGGAGCAGGAAAAGGUCUUCGCCGAGAUUGCGGACCAGCAUCAACGCUUCGAUGGUCUUGUAGCUGCAGCGGCAAUCCAGCACAUCUGUCGGGCUUUGGAGUAUCCGCCGGAGAAGAUCACUGAGAUGCUGGAAGUCAACGUCAAGGGAGUCCACCUUACCGCUACAGCUGCCGCCAAGCAGAUGAUUAAGUAUGACUGCCCAGGCUCGAUCGUACUCGUAGCAUCCAUGAGCGGCUUCAUCUCGAACAAGGGCCUCUCGUGCAGCGUCUACAAUGCAUCCAAGGCCGCUGUCAUCUCCCUCGGGCGCAGCUUUGCCGACCAGUGGUCUAAGGCUGUCGGUGGCAAGCCAAUUCGGGUGAACAGCUUGUGUCCAGGGAAUAUCAUGACUCCGAUGGUUCAAAAGAAUAUCGAGGAUGAGCCGCAUCUCAAGAAGCUCUGGGAGGAAAGCAAUAUGUUGGGCCGCAUCUCCCAGCCAGAAGAGUUCACUGGUGCGGUUUUGUUCAUGCUCUCUGAUGCGUCCUCUUUCAUGACCGGCGCCUCUCUCUUGGUCGAUGGUAA